AGGCGCAGAUGGCGGCAGCAGAUUUAUGGCUGGAACCCGGGGAAGAUCCACAAAGGGUAACCGACAAGCUUACAGAGAUGGCGAACGAGAAAGAACGAUCAGCAAGUUUGCUGCGCCUUGCAGAGGAGGACUUGGUGCAAUUCAUGGUGAAGCUUAGUGUGGAAGGUUUCCCUCAAGCCGUGAAGGUCCGUCGUAUGCAGAAGUACAGCGGAACCAUACUUCGAUCUCCGGAGUGGAAUCGCGACUCUCCUGAAGAUCCAUGGAAACCUGGCCUUGCUGUUUGCCAAGAAAUAGGUCACUAUGGAGGUUCUAGCGAAGUACUCAUCAGGCAGGAUGCCUGUGGCCAGAUUUGCUUUCAGUCUGGAGACAAAGUCACCUUUUGCAUCCCGCAGGCGGCAGAACCGGGUGCUCUCCCGGAGGCUAAGUUAGUGAUGCUGUCGCACACUGAUCGCCCCGCUGGAUCCGUGCUGGCUUGCUGCAGGAUCCAUUUGCCACGUCCUGGAGCAGGUGAAGGCAAGCCUCAGCCCGCACCACUCAGCCUUGACCUCCACGCCUUUGCAAGUAAGGUCGUCUUGUCUGGUUUAUCCAUUGAUGUCGGUGAAGCGGAGCUAAUGCGCUUCUUCUCCAAGCAGGGAGCUACGAAGGGCAUCGUCGCACAUGCUCGUGGAUGCAGCUUUGCGUCCAUCACAUUUCCCAGCGCCGCUGAUAUUGCUACCUUUCUCGGCCGUGAUGCACAUGCAUUUGCAGACGACAAGGAAACACGCAUAGCGUUGCUUCUGAAUCGAGUACCGAUGAACAGCCACAGCUGCUCAGAACAGGCUCGCUUACCAGCCCUGCCAGCUCCGUCGCUUCGCCCUGGCGAGGAACCAUCGGCUGUUAUCAUCAAUUGGACUCCACUGCAGCUGGCUAUUGGUUAUG